CUUUCUUCUUCAGUCUUCCUUACACCUUUACCCGCCCCAUCCUUCAUCUUUCUUCUCUCUGUGGAGCAAGCCAAGAGCCACUUAGACAGACAAACAAGUGAACUAAAGCAAGGGCAAGGCUCGUAGCAACUCACAAGAAACAAACAGCAACAGGAAUCAGAUCAGUCGAUUUCAGGACAACCCAGUAAAACAGCCGACAGCUCACGCCUACACUUUCAUAUCAUGUCGCAACAUACCACCAACAUUGAGGAGGAGGAGUCCUUCGCCCCCAUUUACGCCAACCAGGAAGACUUCAACCCCCAGGAUACUGUCAGCUCCUUCCUCAACACCACAUACGACCCCACCCGUCUCCACCCUCUGGCCGGCCUCGGUGGCGGACUUGACUAUCUUAACCUCGACGACGACCCUGGUGUCCUUCCCGGCACCCAGGGCGGUCUUUUGCCCAGCAGAGGAUGGUCCGACGACCUCACCUACGGAACCGGUCUCACCUAUAUCACUGGUUUGAGUGUGGGAGGUGCUUAUGGUUUCUAUGAGGGUCUUCGGUCCUCACCAAGCCCUGCCUUCAAGAUCCGUCUCAACACCGUCCUGAACUCCAUGACUCGUCGUGGACCCUUCAUCGGAAACUCGGCCGGUGUCUUGGCUUUGAUGUACAACGGAAUCAACGGAGGCAUCGGCAAGGCCCGCGGAAACCAGGAUCCUCUGAACUCGGUUGCUGCCGGCGCCUUGACUGGUGCACUCUUCAAGUCGACAGCUGGUUUGCGUGCUGCAGGAUCAGCAGGAGGUGUUUGUGCUGUCAUUGCUGGAAUCUGGGCAUUUGGCAAGGACGCCAUCUUUUAAUUUAUCCAUUAUCCAUUAUCCUUCCAAGACCCAUCGUCCCUUUCUUCCUUCUUGCCACCGCCCAUCAUAUCAGCAAUCUUCCAAAAAAAAAAGAGCAUUCGAAUCUUUGCAUUUUUUUUCUUUUUUCAUUAUUGGAUUUUCUUUUCCUGCUCUAUUUGCUCUUCUUUGAAUAUCUCGAUCCAUAUAUUACUACUACUUCAGCCGCAGGUUCGCUUUGUUCUUGCUGUAUAGACUUUGUACAAUACACAAUCAUAACCGGUUCUGCUCGAUCAGAUGAAGGAUAAGGAAUUUUU